UCAUAUAUAAAUGCCCCCUCCGCCAUCGCCUCUCACUGUCUCUGCUACUCCCUUGCCCCUGUCCGCCUGAAUAUUCUGUGUACGCUAGGUUGUGAAGAAAAACCACAAACAUGUCUGACAAAAAGAUGACCUCGAGCCGCAGGCAUCAUCUGAAGAGUUUGAUGCUUCAGAUUGCUGCCAGCUGGAUCGUGCAGGAGAAGAAAGAUAUUGCUGCCGCCAAAGAAGCUUACAUGGCUGAGAAAUGCCCCUCUCCCGACAAGAGCGGAGAUCAGAAUGCCCUCAUGGAAACUUGCAAGAAGCUGCAUGCCCUCAUCGACAAGAUUGAUGAAGAGAGGUACGACAUGGAGGUUAAAGUAGCGAAGGCAGACAAAGAGAUUGAGGACCUGAAACUGAAGGUGGUGGACCUGGCUGGUGUGAAGAAGCCCGCUCUGAAGAAAGUGCGUAUGUCUGCUGACGCUAUGCUCAAAGCUCUGCUGGGCUCCAAACACACAGUCAACAUGGACCUGAGGGCCAACCUGAAGCAGGUCAAGAAGGAGAAGAAAGAGGAGGAGGUCGCAGAAGUGGGCGACUGGCGUAAGAACGUUGAAGACAAAGCCGACAGGAAGAAGAUGUUCGAGGCCUCCUAAACACACUUUUGUCGCUCUGGGCUUGUGGCACUUUUUAUGGAAUUUAUGGAGCUUUUUCAGUGAUUUCAGAUCAUGUGUUUCAUUAAAUCUGUGACUUCCAUCUCCA